UUGAAAAACCCCAGUUCAAUCGAUUUCUCAGCCGGUUCAACCGGUUCCCGUUCUACCCAAUUCAAAGCUGCUUUCCAAAAAGGUCCUGGCCGAUUCGUGAUCCAAUCGGUUCGGUCUGGUUCAAACAGCACUGGAUGGAGUAACAGUUAUUAAACAACAUGUGUAUCUUAAUCACUAUGCCAGUCCAUACCUUUUGAAAACCUCUUACAUCUGCUUGUUUGAACAUUAUGGUAUAUAUCUAUUUAUUAUUAAUAAAAAAAAUGUUGUGCUUCCCCAGUCAAAUAUACGUCAUGGAAUACGUGUACUCACUCACCAAACUGCCUUUUCUUUUGCUUUUGUUUUAUAGUGCAUUUAAAGUUCCCAGCUAAGCCAUGAAAGUGGGUGAUUUCUUCAAUACUAUAUUUAAAAUAUUCCUUUGCUGAAAUAACAUAAUAUGAUAUUCAUUGCUUUUCUCGAGCUUGUUCAAAGGUGGCAACUGCACCUAUUUUCAAGCUGAAUUAUUUAAUGGUUUAUGUCCUUUUCUGUUUCAACUCUGGCAAUGGGAGAAUGCAUUUUGCCAUAAAAAUUAGAACCUACUCUUUUCUAGUCAGAGGCUUGACUUUGCCGUAUGCAGAUAUAAAUACUGUAGCGAUCCAUCCAUUUUCAAUACCCCAACACAUCUCUUCAAGUUUCACCAUUCUUGCAGCUGAAACAAGCAUGGAAGUGUCACAAUCUUUGCUACCACUUAAGGACCGGGUAGCAAUAGUAACCGGUGGCUCUCGUGGAAUCGGCCAUGCCAUUGUCAACCACCUUCAUUCUCUAGGUGCAAGAGUGGCGAUCAAUUAUGCUUCGAAUUCAACACAAGCUGAUCUUUUGGCAUCGGAGUUAAACGCGUCGUGUACCACUGAUCAUCAUCCCCGAGCAGUUGCCAUCAAAGCCGAUGUUUCAGACCCCGAGCAAGUCAAGCUUCUCUUCGAUAAAACCGAGCAAGAAUUUGACUCCAAAAUACACAUCCUAGUCAACUGUGCUGGGAUAAUGGAUCAAAAAUACCCAACCUUAGCAAACACAGCAGUAGAGGAUUGGGAUAUGACAUUCAACAUCAACACCAAAGGAUCGUUCCUUUGUUGUCGCGAGGCAGCACGUCGGUUGACACGCGACGGCGGAGGAAGAAUCAUAAUGAUCUCGACAUCUUUGGUGGGAUCCCUCUUACCUGGAUAUGCAGCUUAUGUUGCUUCAAAAGCAGCUAUUGAGUCGAUGACAAAGAUUUUGGCUAAGGAACUCAAAGGCACAAAGAUAACAGCAAAUUGUGUUGCACCAGGGCCAAUAGCCACAGAACUGUUCUUUGCUGGUAAAACUGAAGAAACUAUACAGAGAUUUGUGGAUGGUUGCCCUCUAGGUCGAUUGGGUGAGCCAAAGGAUAUAGCAGGAAUUGUAGGGUUUUUAGCCAGUGAUGCUGGUGAGUGGACCAAUGGGCAGGUUAUUAGAGUCAAUGGAGGAGUAGUUGUGUAAACCACCAUACAGUCAAGAGGAGAGGGGUUCAUAGGUUGGGUCGAAUUUCAGCUUAUGAAAUUUUCAAAUCCCUUAUCCAAUCUUACUUGGACUGGAUUGAAGUAAAAACCACAUUGUUCGACGUUAGUUUCAGUCUUAUUGGAUUUAUUGGACCGGUUGAGUAAUCAAAUCCAUGGACAAGUCUAUUUGUUGUUGUCACUUUUUCUUUUCUUUUUUUCUUUUUGUUCUUGAGGAUUUGGUUAAAUUGUUAUUUGUAUAUCUCAUUGUAAAAUGGUACUUAAAAAGAUGUCUGAUGAUAAAUUUAAGGCAGUAAAAUUUGAUUCAACUUUAAAAA